AUGCAUGGUGCUCAGUCAGAGUACUCAACCAAGUGUAUACAAAAACAAGCGCAUAAAGAAGGGAUAUGGUGUUGCACGUGGGGUCAAAAUCGCAGCAAAAAUAAACAGUUCAUUAUCACAGGUUCGUUAGAUAAUGGCCUUAUCGCCUGGGAGUGGACUAAUAAUCAGCUGAAAUGUCUUCACCACUUUGAGGGACACAGACUGGGUGUGAUUUCAGUUGACAUAAAUUCUACAGGUACAUUAGCGGCAUCUAGUAGUCUUGAUAGCCAGAUUUUAUUAUGGGAUCUGGAAACAGGAAAAUUAACGAAAACAUAUGAUGGUGAUCCAGCCGACACAUGGACUGUUGCAUUCUCUCCUGAUUCACGUUUCCUAGCUACUGGAAGUCAUACAGGCUGUGUAAACAUGAUUAAUGUUGAAACUGCUCAGAAAGAGGGUUCAAUUCAAUUAGAAGGAAAAUUCGUAUAUAGUCUUGCGUAUAUUUCAAAGACUGUUUCAGAUGCUACACUUCGAAUCUAUGCAUUAUAA